AUGGUAAACAUGCCAUAUGCACAUCUUGAAUUUGUCUUACCAAAUGAAACGGUAGCAAGAAAACAGGUUUUAUAUCCAUAUUCUAUGAAAGAGGCAUCACAAUAUUUGGAUGAAAAUAAAGGAACUGCAUAUUUUGUACCUCAUGGAUUUCAACCUAUUCUAGUUCCUCAAAAUGAAGAAGAUGUGACGAUUCAAACAUUACUGGAUCUCUCGGCGCCGGCAAUUCAGGUUCCGGUUCCGUUAAAACAGACGCUUUUACCACACUAUAUUAUUCGGCCUAGUAAAAAACAAAAACCAGCUAAACAAGCAUCUAAUAAGAAUCCUCCACGACCACCUAAUGCGUUUAUUCUAUAUCGGAAGAAUCACCAAGCGCAUAUUCUUCGGCAGAAUGCUAAUUUGUGUAAUAAUGAUGUAUCACGUAUUAUUGGAUCUAUGUGGAAUGGGGAAUCACCAGCUGUAAAACAGCGAUUUCAUUUAUUAGCACAAGAAAUGAAAGAAAAACACCGGGCUAUGUAUCCCAUGUAUAGGUACUGCCCAAGAAAAUCUCCACGUAAACGGCGCAACACAAAAAGUCAGGAACAAAUAGGAACCGAGGAAACAUGGCUAUCAGAACAUAAUGCAAUGGAUAUGCAGGACAUGACAAUAACAUCUACAUUACAGGAAUUUGGAGCUACAGGACUUUGGGCAUAA